CUUCUAGAAGCUGAAAUGCAUUGUGGGAGGUUUCUGGGCGGGAUGAGUGGAGUCUACCUAGGCCUAAUCAUGACCGACCUGUAAACACACACACACACACACACGCACACAAGGGUGGUUGAGGGGAAGGAUUUACCAAGGAUUUGCUCUGCAUUAUCCUGGUGAAAGGACGGGGAGCAGGGCGUAUUGGCAGCCUAGUUACUACUGUGAUUGUGAGUUUGUGCUUGGAAAGAUAGGUUGUAGGCGGUGUGUCAUAUUUUAAUGUGCAUCCGUUGCCCUGAGGGUAUGAAACGUUAGAUAUUGUAAAGUGAGAUGGAGUGUGUGAAUAAGAUGGACUGUUAAACUUUACAACAACCAGGCUAUGGAACAUCGAUGGGAACCGCUUUGACUGCGUUGGAUUUAGUUGAUGGUCCAUAUUUUGGUUGCCGGGCAGGAUGGGACCUUCUCGUGUGCCCAUCGCCUACACAUACACGCACUCCCACACGGACGGGCGAAACACCAGCAAGCUGCAGCCCUACAUACCCAACGACAGCCUGAACAACGCCCUGGGAUCAAUCAGGGUGCUGGGACUGGACCUGCGGGAACACGAGCUGAAGCCUCACCUGAGUACCGUGAUGAGCGCCAUACAGGAGCACAGGAAGGGCGCUGCAGAGCAGGUGGUGGUCAGCGGCAUCCUGCCUGUGCUGGCCCUCUCUCUGCGGAUCAGAGGACCCCUCACUCUGCCCACUGCCACGCUGGUCGCCGAGCUGGCUAAGGAGUCGGUGGUGCGUAAAGGGUUCGGCGAGGCCGGGCUGGUGACCGCCCUGCUGUCCGUCCUCACCAGCGUGGACCAGGAGCUGCUCCUCCUCGCCACACAGGCCAUCUCCCGCACCGCCUACGACAGCACGACCCAGCAGGAGCUGCUGCUCCGUCAGGGGGCGGUGCCCCGCCUGGUCUCCGUCCUGCUGCGGGGCCCCGGCAGGCCCCUGGAGGCCGCCUGCCUGCGGGCCCUCUGCAACCUCAGCAACAUGGGGGAGGCGGAGGAGGCGGGCCUGCUCUGGGAGCGGGGCCCCAACCUGAAGCCUGAGGAGAGCGUCUACCGCGGGGUCUCGCCGCACGCCCACGGGGGCUUCGGCUCCUCGGUGACCCUGGUGCGGGUGGUGCGGCGGGGCCCCGGCCAGUACGCCUGCAGCGUGGAGGUGUCCCAGCGCUGCUCCGCCUCCUUCUGGAACCUGCACGGCCACCGGCGCUCGGAGCGGCGUUUCCCGCUCUCCGGUCUGGCCGGCUGGUUCAAGAGCCUGCGUUGCGCCGGGCCCAAGACCCCCAGGGCCCAGGGCCUGAGGACCCGUGUGUUCCAGACCUUCCUCUGACCGACCGCAGGACCCUCCUCGAUGGGGUCUUGGACCCCAGGACCCGGGGCUACAAACAGGAGGGUUUGUUGUGAGAGAGUGCUGUGCUGAGAAACAAACCCUUUCCAAGAGCCGUUCACACCUGUCCUGCGUUCAGACGCGGCCCGUUGAGUCACUUAUAGUGAAAAGGGAAGCGGCUCUGAAUGAGAAUGUGAUGGCGUGCAACUCUUUCGAUGCAGCACGCUGCAUUCACAUUGCUCUUGCAUAAAUGACUAGAGGGAGGUUUCACAGAGCAGCAUCCAUUUGGGCUGAGGAGCUCAGACGUCUACCACUAGAGCGUGACUUAAAUUGUGCGGUCGUGGGGAGUUUCCCGCCCUUUCAGAGGGAAAACGGUGAUCAUGUAGUCCGUUCUAGAUCUGAGCAGGGUCCGAGGAGCUUACGCGUGUGGGGACCAAGUUACUAAAAGCGGAAAUCGUUCUGUGACUGAUUGUAUCAUGAAUAUUUAUGACUAUCAUUUGUAAAGUCAACCACCCAUCUGUCAUUCAUUUGGGAACCAUAAUCAAAAGGCUCCAUGUAGGUUAUAAAGUGAAUGACAUGCGUAAGUGUUUCCGUAUUCUGAGGCCAGCGUAUGUCUGGGUAUGAAUACUGUGUUGUUGCCUUUUAACAGGACUGAGGGGAGCAUUGGCGUUGUGGUUUGAAAUAAGAUGGAGGUACUAGUUUCACUCUUAAAAUUCAUAACGGUGCCAUCGGCUAUUGCAUAAUAAUCCCACACAGAGCCGCAGUAUUACAUUUGGACUGUUAUUGUUUUCUAUAAUGUGCGAAACAGCUUUUCAGAUUUAAUCAGGAGAAAUAAAACAAUAACAACACACUAAUCUUGGAAAUGAGUGGGAGUUGUUGAAGCCAAAUAUUUUCUUCUGCAAAAAGCAAAACAGAGAACUCUUAAAUUCAAUAAGGUUGCAUGGUGUGAUGAUGCAGCUAUUUCUUAAUCUUUCAGCUCAAGUGACUUUCUUACCAAUGCACGUCAUGAUGUCGUUUUUUUUACCAUAAGCUAUGUUGUUUUUUUAUAGUAUGGCUACUCUACUCUUCAUACUCAUACACUAAUAAAUAUUUGUUGAUUCUAUGCAAAAUCUUAGCUUCAUAUCUUUAUUCAACAUUGAACCUUGAAUUGUGCAGCUUGAAACACAAAAUAGCCCAGGGCAAGCAUGCCUAAUGGAGCAACAUAUAGUUAGCAGGGCACGGGGGCCGUGUGUCUUGCAAUAAAGUACCACCUCAAAUUGGUCCAUUUGCCACAAUCAACAAUGUGGCUUGUUUGGGUGUCUGUAGAGAAAGGCAUUGAAGCACACCAAUUGUUAAACGUCUUCCUGGUCUGGAAGUGCCAAGUGACUUAUGUUAUGACAAAUGUUGACGGUGAAAUACCCUCAAUUUUAUUUGUCUAAAAGUGUCCUUCAAACUCACACUUGUUCAUCCACCGGGGCAGAACAAGUUCUCCUCAAUGACAUGAGGUGAACACUAGAUGGCGCGCAAGUUGCAGAAUCGUUACGCUGCCGAACUGUUGUUGUUGUUAGUUACGGACGCUUUGACGGCCUUUGAUCCUGAUUCCUGAACAUUGGGACUGUGAACGUGUUGAACACAGAAGGAUUUCAUUUAGUUUAUUAAACCGCACCGUUAAUGCAUUCUUGUUUUGUUCUUGUACCGUUUUUUCCCCACUGUUGGUAAUAAUUAAGAUCAGACUAUUCUGGAUCAGCAUGUACGCAGUAGUCUGGUACAAACAUUAGUUGCGGGUUUAUUUUCAACCCGAGGUAAAUCCAUGGAGGAGAACACGUAUUGUAUUUGGUAUCCAAGCAUGCAUUCCCUGUGCAGCCCCUUCGUUAAGAAUUAUUGUUCUCUCAGUACAAAUGUUGACAGAAAAAAACUGAAAUAUAGACUUUUCCCCAUUUC